AUGAGCAACACCGCAGACAUACCCCUGCAGACUGUCGUCAGUCACUCGCCCUCACAUACCGCCACAUUGCGAGAGGAGAAGUCCGGCUCUUCUGAGAAGAGGGGUAUUUUCCAUGGCAGGCGGCGUGUCCAGAAGGUCGACUCCAGGGGGAACGGAUAUGCUGCCCCUGGCGCUUCCCAGGAUGACGAGGACAAGACAGCCCUCAACAGAAUGGGCAAGCUGUAUAUGAAGAUUCUCAACUUCAGCAUCGUCACACGCUACAUGAUCUAUGUUGCUCCACUGGCACUCGUUUUGGCUAUUCCCAUCAUCCUCGCCGCCACAGGCGUAAUCAAAAAGUCUGUCAGGAUCGGAGGCGAGAAUGGCGCUGAACCGCGCUUGUUCUUCAUCUGGAUCGAGAUCAUCUGGCUCAGUUUCUGGGCAUGCAAGAUCGUCGCUCACUUCCUUCCCCGCAUCUUCGAAUUCCUUGUCGGCGUCGUCAGCCCCGGUAUCAAGAAAUAUGUUCAAUUGCUCGCUGCUCUCGAGAAGCCACUCUCUUUCGUUUUCUGGAUGAUCGUCAACCAGGUCACAUACCAGGUCCUCAUCGUGCAGCCAUCCGACCAAAAGCCAACCUGGAUGACCAAAGUCGGAUCUGUCCUGCUUGCUCUCCUGGUGUGCACCUGUAUCAUUCUUGCCGAGCGCGUGCUCAUCCAGUUGAUCAGUAUCAGCUAUCACAGGAAGCAAUUUGAUUCCAAGAUCAAGGACUCAAAACGCAACAUCUACCUCCUGGGGGUUAUGUACGACGCCUCCCGCGCCCUCUUUCCAGAAUACUCCAACGAGUUCGCCGAAGAAGAUUAUAUCAUUCAGGACAAUAUGCCCUUCAUUAUCGGAAGCAGGAAAGCGACAAUGGGCCACAAUCGCUCAGGCUCCAAGACCCCGAUGCGUCUGUUGCAGAACGUGGGACGUGUUGGAGACAAGGUCACGGGCGUCUUCGGUGCUGUUGCCCAAGAAAUCACCGGCAAAAAGGUCUUCGACCCCAACUCGGCUCACUCGAUUGUACUGGAAGCCAUCGAGCACAACCGCUCUGCUGAGGCUUUGGCUAGGCGCAUCUGGCUGUCGUUUGUCGUCGAAGGCAAGAACGAAUUAUACAUGGACGAUCUGGUCGAGGUCAUGGGCGCCGGUCGCCAACAAGAGGCCGAGGAGUGCUUUGGCGCGCUUGACAAAGACGGCAACGGCGACAUUUCUCUUGAAGAGAUGAUCAUGACCGUGGCAGAAUUUGGACGUGAGCGCAAGUCUAUCGCGUCCAGUAUGCACGAUGUCGACCAGGCCAUCAACGCCCUCGAUGCUCUUCUGUUCACCAUCGUCUUCAUUGUCUGCAUCUUCGUUAUCGUCUGCUUCCUCAGCCCAAGCUUUACGACGACUCUUGCGACUUCCGCCACGGCUCUACUUUCUUUGUCCUUCGUCUUUGCUGCCACGUGCCAGGAAGUCCUCGGUUCCUGCAUUUUCCUCUUCGUCAAGCACCCAUACGAUAUCGGCGACCGUGUCGAUGUUGGCGCCGAUCAAUUCACCGUCGAGCACAUCUCCCUGCUCUACACCGUCUUCAAGCGUGUAAACAACGGCAAAAUUGUGCAAACGCCCAACAUCGUCCUCAACAACUUGUGGGUAGAGAACAUUACGCGUUCGACGGCGAUGCGAGAGCAAGUGUCCAUCUUCUGCGAUUUCGGCACCUCAUUCGAAGACAUCAACGCUCUUAAGCAGGAGCUGGCGACUUUCGUACGCGAGCCUGCCAACACUCGUGACUUCCACCCGGAGAUUGAAGUCGAGGUCGUGAGCAUCGCUGAGAUGAACAAGCUCGAGCUGCGUGUCGAGAUCCGCCACAAGAGCAAUUGGUCUAACGAGAGCCUUCGAGCAUCCCGAAGGUCCAAAUUCAUGUGUGCUCUGGUCGUCGCCCUAAGGAAGGUUCCGAUUGCUGGCCCUGGUGGUAGCGACGCUGCUCUUGGUAGUGCCGACAAGCCUUCCUGGUCUGUAGCUAUUUCGCCUGAGCACGCGCAGUCAGUGCGACAGAAGUACCUCGACGACAAGGACGCUGCCCGUCUGUAUCCCACAAAGACGCCAGAUGACAACGAAGACACGGGCAAGUCUACCGGAUUCGACUACCUCGCCACUGGCAGCGAGGGCGCUGCUAUCAACCAGAUCAACAAUCGCAAGCCUGGUGUAGACGCUGUUCGCGAUGACACUUGGGGAGCACGCGACGACGGUAGCACCAUCGGUCGCCCGAGUAUAGACGGCCGUCCUAGCAUGAGCAGUAACCGUCCGGAUCUAGAUGAAGUUCGCGGCCUCUUGCACAAGGCAAGCAGUGGCGGUCGCCGCAAGGGCGGUUCUACUCUCGCGCCCACUCCCAGUGGCUACAGCACCGAGACUAGGCAAGCCAUGCCUCCACUCCCUCUCGCCGUGAAUCCGUCGCCUCAACACUCUAACAAUGCUAACUCAUACGCACCUGCACCACUUUCGGUGCCACGCACGCCUGGUUCACCAAGCUCGAUCUCAACCGGAAACAUAGAGGAAUACCAGUACCAGACAAUGGUCCCCCCGCCUCCACGUAAUGAUGCUCGCGGUCCCGCAAUGCAGCAGCAGCAAUCCGGCGGUCUGAGGUCAACGUCCUCGAAUGCGGGCACAAACCCUUACCGGACACAGUCUCCCACAUCACCGCCACCUAACGAGCAGCAUCCGUACCGUCCGUAA